GCUGCCAAAGCCAAGCCCCAGGACCAGGACAGCCGGCGGCGGCAGGACGGCUUCGUCGCCGUCCGGGGUGCUCCUCGCCGGAAGAUGCCAGAGGGGGAGGGAAAUCUCUGCUGGGGCUCCCCGGAUGCCGCCGCAAGAGGGUCGCCGCGAGAAACCGUGCUCCUGGAUGCCAGAUAAUCUCUGCAGGGGAGGCCGUAGCAAAUCUUCUCUGGGGCUGCUGUCGAGUAAUUUCUUUGUUCUGAUGUGAGAUAAUUUCUUUCUUUGUUCGCAGGGUUAGGUUAAUAAUUUCGACAGAUUCGGUAUCAUGUUGCUGUCAUCGACCUAGGGUUGAUUUGGUGUUGACUGCUUAUCAGAUGCACGAAUUGCAUAAACAAUGCUGAUGGAUUACGUUCUCUGACAUUUUUUUAUGAACUGAUUAGUAUAAUGUAUAUCCAUGACUCCACUGCAGGGGAUUAAAUUGGUGGCUUGUUGCUAUCAUGUACGGUGGGAUUAGAUUCAUCGUGUGACAAUUUGCAGCACUGAGUACUCUCAAAACUGCAACUUGCACAAGGGACUAGGGAUGACCACAUCGUCUCCUGGCCUUGGUGGUGCCUGUUAGCAGCCAAUGCAUAUGCCGAGGAACCUCAACUCUAAACAAAUUGAGACUGUAUUGGAUUUAGUCUCCAUUAAUCAUUGUUUUAUAUAUGCAGGCAAUCUCAAAGAAAUCGAUUCACUUAACAUAUAUUAGCACUCUGAACAUAUAUUGGCUUAUCAGUUAUCAAGUACUCCCUACGAUCCCUAAUAAAAGUUGUACUAAAUCAGUGACACUUAUUAUGGAUCGGCCCCACAUUCAGGUAUAUCCUUUUCUCGAGUGCAGUGGCGAUUUUUGGCUUUCGAAGACUUGACUAGUUAUAAAAUCUGCAUCUGCAACUUGCCCUGUGUAGUUUCAGUUAAACAUAAUAUCUGCAACUUCCAUAAAAUGGAUAUGCCUGUUUCUGGUUGUCCUGCUGACCAUGCACUGUGUUCAAUUGCUUUGUUUUGGGUAACAAAUGCGUUACGUAAAUUUUUUCUAGUAAUUUGUGCUUUUCAAUUUUCGGGCUAGCGUCGAAUCAUUUCUGACCAGACAGCAGGGAAUUGGUAGUUUGUUACCAUCACGAGGGGAUUAAAUUUAUGUGCCUAUCUAUGGACGAGCACAUUCAAAAUUGCAACUUGCACAGAUGACAAAGGGAAAAUAAAAUAAAAAACAUGUCGUGCCAGCUUUGGUGAUGCGCAUUUCCAGCCAAUGCAUACGCCCCGUGAAUCUAAACUGCAAGCAAUUGUCACUAUUGGAAUUAUUAUGAAGCAUGGUGUGAAGACUCAUUUCAUAUACAUGUCUUAUAGAAUGCACUCAGAGGAGCCUUUGCAAAUGAAAUAAUUUUUGCUCAUGAAUCAUUCGCUUACCACUCCUCCCUCGUCUGGUUCGUAUGGGAACUUCUUGUUCAUUUCCUCAGGUCACCCACUCGGAGUGUGGUCAUCAUUAUUUUGAGACCAUGCAAACUCAGUCUUUCGAUUAAUGUACAAUAGCUAAUCAAAGAAUUUAACAAAAUCAACCUUCUUUCUCUCACGCCAUCAUUGCUAGUUUCUUGCAUUUUUUAAGACGCUACGGAAGGAGUAGGUGGAUUUUUGUCCUCAUUUACAUAUUCAAAUUACAUCAAUUAGUUUAUCCCAGGAUUUAUUUUUAAUUGUACAAGUUGCCUAGAUGGUCAGUGGAGACAACUCUAAAGCAGAUAAAAAGAUGAGACUGCUAACUAGUCUUGCCUGCAUGCUGUUCCGGAUGAUUAAUGAAUAAUGGAGACUUGUAGACUGUCUAACUAGUUAUACAUAGUUAAUGCAACCUCCCAGCCACUAUUCAUGAGAUACAAGAAGAUGGUGCUUCUUAACUUUCGCGGGAAAGAAGGUGAUGCUUCAGUAGGAGCUGCUCUUUAGCUUUCAAUGAUUUCCUCUGUUUAUGCAUUCGUUCAGUUUGCAAAAUUCUGCUUGUGCUUCACUCAGCUUCUGCAUCCACUCUCUUCACUCUCUGGUAAGCUCAACUGUGCCCUCUAAUCAACAGUUUACAUAUUUCAUCCUCCUCAUCUUGACCUUUCUUAAGUAAUACCUUAUUUGCACACACUGAUUGCACAGAUUCAGCACAAGUGUCAUGAUCGGCGCACUCGUUUGAUUGUUUGUUGGACUGCUUAGCAAAGAGAUCCUGUUGGGACUUGAGAGGGAACUUGAUUUGUACGAUCACAUCUCACUCUUCCGCAGCAGUCUAACCUUAUUCAAUAUUCAGGUAUUUUCUCUAGUUCUGAUAGCUCUGUUGGGUGAUAAUUUUUCUUCUAUUCACUGAACCAGCUUUCUUUCAAGGGAAACAUGUAUUCACAUUCUCCUUGUCCCUUUUUACAUCAGCAGCAGUGAGGCUUUCUUUGGGUCACUGGCUGAUACUCUUCUAAAUCUCUUCGACACACUGACCUAUUCAACCAGUUACUUAUCAAUUAUCAUUUCCCCUUUGGCUUCGGCAAGUGAGAUCUUAUUAAAGUAGUGAUGGGUUGACCGAGAUCAGAAAGGGGUGAUUGGUUGGUAGCUUGAUCUUACUAUUGAUUCUUGUUUCUUUCUUGCUGAAAGAUUGGUUUGAAAGCCAGCAAGUUAGCUACACUUCCAGGGAAAUCGCUUUGUUGUGGAUCAACCUCGUUAAGCUUGUGUGAUGGCAACCAUACUGGAUUCUCUUGUUGGGUCAUGUGCCAAAAAAUUGCAAGAUAUCAUUACAGAAGAGGCAGUUCUGAUUCUAGGGGUAGAAGAAGACCUCAGAGAGCUGCAGCGAACAAUGACCCAAAUACAAUGCUUCCUUAAUGACGCCCAGCAAAGGAGGACUGCAGAAUCCGCGGUUUACAAUUGGCUUGGUGAGCUGAGAGAUGCUAUGUAUUAUGCUGAUGAUAUUAUUGACCUGGCAAGAUCUGAAGGAGGCAAGCUACUUGCUGAACAUCCUUCAUCAAGAAAGUCAACUUCAUGUACUGGCAUUUCAUUGUUCACUUGCAUUCCUAAUGUUCAGAAGCGUCACAAGAUUGCUGUUCAAAUCAGAGACUUCAAUGCUGAACUUGAGAGGAUUUCAAAGGUGGGUGAAAGAUUUUUAAAGCUUCAGAAUAUGCAGCCUAAAGCGGAAGUUCAGGUAGCAAAGCAGAGUAUGCAGCGAAGUAGCCUUGAGGAGCCCAAUCUUCUGGGGAAGGAAGCUUGGAGAAACAUGGUGGAUUUGGUCCUUGCUCAUAAGGAGAACAAGACUUACAAGCUCGCAAUUGUUGGAACAGGAGGAGUUGGAAAGAUAACCCUCGCUCAGAAAAUAUAUAAUGAUCAGAAAAUACAAGGGAACUUCAACAAACAAGCAUGGAUUUGUGUUUCUAAGGAUUACUCUGAAGUUGCUAUAUUGAAAGAAGUUCUCCGCAAAAUUGGGGUACCUUAUGACCAAGAUGAAAAUGCUGGAGAGCUCAGCCGCAAGCUUCAAGUGGCAAUUGAUAAGAAGAGUUUUUUCCUUGUGUUGGAUGAUGUCUGGCAGGCUGAGUCAUGGAUCGAUGUACUGAGAACUCCAUUACACGCUGCCACUACAGUAGUUGUUCUAGUGACAACUCGACAUGAUACAGUUGCACUGGCAAUUGGGGCUGAACAUAUGCAUCGUGUUGAUCUGAUGUCAAUCGAUGUUGGAUGGGAGCUUCUUUGGAAGAGUAUGAACAUCAAUGAAGUCAAAGAAGUGCAAAGCCUGCGGGAUAUAGGGAUGGAGAUUGUUCGUAAAUGUGGUGGCCUCCCUCUUGCCAUCAAAGUUAUUGCUCCUAUUCUAGCAACUAAGGAGAAAACUGAGAAGGGAUGGAGAACGGUUAUAAACAAAAGUUCUUGGUCUAUGAGAAAGCUUCCCCCUGAGCUUUCAGGUGCUUUGUAUUUGAGUUAUGAUGAGCUACCACGGCAUUUAAAGCAAUGUUUGCUCUAUUGCAGCUUAUAUCCAGAAGAUAGUGAGAUGUGGCGUGGAGAUCUUACCAGGCUUUGGGUUGCUGAAGGUUUUAUAGAAGAGCAAAUAUUAGAAGAUACUGCUGAAGAAUAUUACUAUGAGUUGUUACAUAGAAAUCUCCUUUAACCAGCUCAACAGUAUUUUGACCAUGAGGUCUGCAAAAUGCAUGAUCUUUUUAGGCAACUUGCUCAACAUAUAUCAGCAGAAGAAUGUUUUUGCGGAGACCCACAAUCCUUGGAGGCUAAAUUUUUUCCCAAACUGCGGCGUAUUUCAAUUGUCACUGACAAGGAUUCGGUACAUCUUCCUAAUGUGGGAAAGGAGCAGAUUAGAGCAAGGACUUUGAACAUUCAUUGUGCCAAGCCACCAAGAGUUGAAAGUACAAUUUUCAAAAUGCUUCCGUGCAUCCGAGUUUUGAAUCUUUCUGGUUCAUCCAUAGAAGCCAUUCCAGCUUGCAUUGGAAAUUUGGUCCAUCUACGAUUGCUUGAUCUCAAUGGCACAGAUAUAUCUUCUCUUCCAGAGUCCAUUGGUUAUCUCAUAAACCUUCAGAUCCUGAACUUGCAAAUGUGCAAAGCUCUGCAUAAUCUUCCUUUGGCGAUCACCCAGUUGUGCAAUUUAAGGUAUCUUGGUUUGCAUGGUACACCCAUAAAUCAGGUUACAAAGGGGAUAGGGACAUUGGAGUUCCUGAAUGAUUUAGAAGGAUUUUCUAUUGGUGGUGAAACUGGUAGUGCUAAAACACAAGAUGGAUGGAAGUUGGAAGAACUGAGGCAUCUCUCAUGGCUGAGGAAUCUUGAUUUGAUCACACUGGAAAGAGCAGUUCCUUGUAGCACAAAUUUAUUACUACAAGAUAAAAAGUAUCUCAAAGUUUUGAAGCUAAGGUGCACAGAACAUUCGGACAUACCAUAUUCAGAAGAAGAUGUUGGCAAAAUUGAGAAGAUCUUUGAGCAGCUAAUCCCUUCUCAGAACCUGGAAUAUAUAGGUAUUUUUGGAUUCUUUGGUCGGAGGUAUCCAACUUGGCUGAACAGUACCCAUUUGUCCUCAGUCAAACUCUUGAAGCUCAUAGACUGCAUUUCUUGUGUGCAUCUUCCACCACUUGGGCAGCUACCCAACCUGAAGUAUCUGAGAAUUAAUGGAGCAGCCGCAAUUACCAAUAUUGGGCCCGAAUUUGUGGGCUGCAGGGGGGCUAAUCCCAGAUCUCCGGUGGCCAUUGCUUUCCCCAAGCUAGAAUGGUUGGUAGUUGAGGGUAUGCCCAACUGCGAGGAGUGGUCCUUUGUUGAAGAGGAAGAUGCAGCUGCACCGGCUAUGGAGGGGGGAGUGGAUGGAUCUGUUGAGAUUCGAAAAGAGAAAGCCCCUUCUCCAGGGAUGCUACUGCUUCCAUGCUUGAAGAAGUUAGAACUUGUUGACUUCCCCAAGCUGGGAGCUCUCCCAUGACAGUUUGGAAAUCAGGCCACCAGCUUGAAAGAGCUACAAAUAAGAGGAGCGAGUUGCUUGAAGGUGAUGGAGGACAUGCCAUUCCUCUCUGCCCUCAAAAUCGAGGGAUGUGAAGUGCUUGAGAGGGUCUCAAACCUUCCUCUGGUGAGAGUGAUGUGUGCGCAUGGUUGCCCAAACUUACAGAAUGUAGAAGGGUUGGGCAGUUUGCAGCAGCUGUGGUUGCACAAAAAUAUGGAGGAUAUAUCCAAGCUAUGGGUGCCAGAGCUUCAACAGCAGUGCCAACAAAUUCAUGGUGAAGACCUGGAUGUGUUUGACUGGGUUUAGUAGAUUCAACAGUUGCAUGGCAUCUGAAGAAACGAGGCUAUUUAGUCUGAAGAGGUGUGGAACUUUCUGUUGAUCAUCGCAAUGGGCGCAUCAAGUGGUACCUCUGAGAGAAAAUCACAAAAAUUAGUAUAUGUAAAAAAUCCGAAGAAAAGAUGAAAACAAAAUGGCAAAAAAAGUGAAAACAAAAAUCCAAAAAAAAUGAAAACAAAAAAUGGCAAAAAACUGAGAAAAAUAAAACUCCAAAAAAGUUUAUUUGUCUUGUAAUUUUACUUUUCAUGUGUGUUUUUUCUUGGUAGAGUAGGUAACUCCGCCAAUGUGAGGACAAAUGUUAUACUACUUAUGUCGCAUAGCUAAAUCUUGUUGCAGCUUCUUCAUGUCAACAAAUGUAGAACUUGUGUUGCAUAGCCGGUUUGCCGCUCAUCACAAGAUUGUUGUAUGCCGUUUUCCCCAUGCAUAGACAUGUGAUGUACUAAUGUCAGCUCAGAAUACCAUCAAGAUGCUCAUCACAAA